AUGGCACAGACUUAUUGGAUCUUUAUAUCUGUUUUGUCUUGGCUAUUAAUUGUUUUGGUUGUGCUACUACAGGCGCCAACUGGAAAUGGAUCAAAUGGUGGAUUGGAGAAUGGAGAGAUAAAGUUAAGAGUAAAGGUACCCGUGAGAGAUGGUUUCCCCCAAUUUGUGAAAGUAGUUUGGGACCCUUCUCAACAAAAGUACAACGUAUUUGGAUAUUGCAUGGAUGUUUUCAAUGCCGUUCUAACCUACUUACCCUUCAAUGUUUCUAUACAUAUUGUACCUGAUGUUGUUGAGCCAAGCCAGGUUUAUAGAACACACCAUUCAAUUCUAAAACUAAACACAACAGAGAGCGACGUUGUGGUAGGAGAUAUGACGAUCCUGGCCUACCGUUCGAAAAUUGUAGAUUUCACAGUGCCAUAUAUUGGAUCAGGUGUUAAAAUGGUAGUACCAGUUAAACACGGGAGGGAUCAAAACAUGUGGACUUUUGUGAAACCCUUCAGUUGGGAUCUCUGGUUGAGCAUAAUCAUCAUCUCUACCUUCAUAGGGAUUGCCAUACUCAUCAUGGAAAGAAACGUAAACGCGCUGCCUAAUCAAGAGGCUUCUGCAAAUCAAAAAAAACUUCGCCCUGCAACCAUCUUAUGGUUUCCAAUCUCACAAGCCAUUCUUCCUGAAAGACAAGUAGUGGUAAAAAGCUGCUCAAGAUUUGUGCUGAUGGUUUGGCUUCUACUGGCGUUGGUCCUCAUGCAAAGUUACACUGCUAACUUGACUUCUAUAUUGACCUUAGAUCAACUGCGACCCAGUUUUCUGAACCUUAAUGAUAUAAGGAGAGAAGGUUAUUACGUUGGAUACCAGUUUGGGUCUUUCGUUUACGAUGUGUUGAUUGACCAAUUUAAGUUUGAUCCAUCCAGACUAAGGCCAUACAACAACAUUGGUGAGUACCAUGAUGCUCUAAAGCUUGGAAGCAAAAAUGGGGGUGUUGCAGCUAUAUUCGAUGAAGUGCCCUAUCUUAAACUCUACCUUCAAGAAUACGAAUCCAAUUACAUUAUGGCUGGCCCCGAAUAUAGAAAUGCAGGGUUUGGUUUUGCAUUCCCUUUAAAGUCCAAUCUCACGGCUUACUUUUCGAGAGGCAUCCUGAAUGUGAUGGAAAGUGGAUUAAUGAAUGAGAUUGAGGACAAAUAUUUUGGAAAGAGUAGUAUUGGAGAAGACUCGUCUGCGGAAACAUCUUCUUCUGAACCUCUCAGUCUCAGCUUUCAUAGCUUCUCUGGGCUUUUCUUUAUUUCUGGGAUUUCUACUUUAUUAGCGUUAUUGGUUUCAGAAAGAUUUAUUUGGCAAAGGCUUGUUUUGAAGCAUUGUCUGAGAGGUAUGUCCCUAAUUCCACUUUUCAAGAAGGAAACACGCACUCAUCCAACUCAUGAUUCAACUCAUGGAACAGAGGCUUAAGACUUUGUCAAAGAUAGAAUGGAUAUCAAAUGGAUAUACUAUUACUAUAAACCUUCAUUAAGUCUAACAUAAUUUGUGUAAUUAUGAAUCCUUCUGGGUUUGAAACCUGCUAAUAUAUUU